AUGAACUUGUAUGGUUCGUCCUGGGGCGGGCAGUCGGGGACUUCCGGCUCCAGUCAAUUUUAUGCUGCUCCUGAUGCCUCUCAACAUAACUAUCCAAACCAGUAUUAUAGUCCCACCUCAUAUCAGCACUCUGCGUCGCUGCAGCCCUCGCCGUUCAAUCCGAUUGAGGGUCCUGUUUUUGUAAACCGGGUAGCCCAAAAUGUGGCAAUGCAGUAUGGUUCGGAGGCUAUCGGACAGGGUACACAGCUAGUUGAGAAGUACUUUUCAUUGUCUAAGUUGAAACACUACUUCGCUGUUGAUAAUGCGUAUGUCGCCGGAAAACUCGGGAUCCUUUUCUUCCCGUUUUUUCAUACACGAUGGGAUUUACAAUACGAUGCAUUGGGGGUCGUUCCUCCUCGUGAAGACAUCAAUUCUCCUGAUCUCUAUAUCCCUACAAUGGCCUUUAUCACAUAUGUGUUCGCAGCAGGUGUGUCUCUUGGUGUGGAGGGUAGAUUUGCUCCUGAUCUGCUGGGUAUUCUCUCAAGCCAGUCUUUCGUCUGGCUAAUCCUCGAGGUGUGCGCGCUCACUCUUGCCCUCUAUCUUCUGAACAUCCAGUCCAACCUUGGCUAUCUUGACCUUCUCGCCUACUGUGGGUACAAGUUUGUCUACAUGAUAACAGUGGUACUGGUGGCUCUUGUGCUCGCCGCUCCAGGAUACUAUUUCGCUCUUGUUUGGACGAGUCUUGCAUUUGCCUUUUUUCAGAUUCGUUCGCUGAAGCUACAGGUGUUACCACAAGCGGAUCGUCAGGUAUCGCUGAGUCCGCGUCGGGGAGUCUACUUUCUCGUCUGUACCGCGCUCUUCCAACCCCUUAUUAUUUGGUGGCUCACCAGUUCCGUUAUUCCCACCACUUGGUCAACUGCACUCGUUGAUGGUGUCUGA